CUUACACCAGGUGCACGCCGGCUGCGGGGAGCACAAAGCGGGGCGCACCGAGGGCGCCGGCACCUAGCCGGGGAGCUAGGCGAGGCCCGUGCGCCAGCGUCCGCAGCGCCCUCCGAUUGGGGAGAGGGGCUGGUGGUGUUAGCCCAGGCGGCGGAAUCCGCGCGGUGGCAUCCCUAGUUGCCCCGUGUGCCUUUCUCGGGACCUGGCCGCUCUCUGCCUCGCCCUCUGCGCCCCACUUCUCCAGUCCUCCUUCCCAAUCCUGCCUGCCUCUGCCCCGACCCCGGAGAGUCGGAUUGAGCCCAGGCCCGCGCAGCAGCUGUUGCUCGUGUCGUUGCCUCUCCUCCUGUCUUGGUGCUCUGCUGGGAACCCCCCAAGGAGCCGCUGCGCGCUGCGGGCUGGGAGGGAGGCGCCGCUCAGCCGGUCGUCCUCCUCCUGCCGCUGCCGCGGGUCCGUGCGCACCCCAUACCCCCGCCAGCCGGGCCUCGGGGCACAUCUCCAGACUUUGAUUUGGCUGAAGUAACUUAUACCACAGAGCUGUGGGCAUGCCUGGAAUUGAGAGACACAGUUAAAAGACUCCCACUUGCUUCCUGCCUUUUUGAAAACUACUGAAAACCAUCCCUUCAGACUCCAGAGUUUUACACAUCUCAACCAAGACUUUGCUUGAAUGUUUACAUUUUCUGCUUGUUGUCCUACAUACCACGAUCUAGUGUUCACCUUUUGUUAAAACAGGUGUGUCAGGAGUUGAGCUUGCUUGGCAAGCCAGCAUGGCUAGGAUGAGCUUUGUUUUAGCAGCUUGCCAAUUGGUGCUGGGCUUGCUAAUGACUUCAUUAACUGGGUCGUCCCUACAAAAUAGUGAGUGUCCGCAACUUUGUGUAUGUGAAAUUAGGCCCUGGUUUACCCCGCAGUCAACAUACAGAGAAGCCACUACUGUUGAUUGCAAUGAUCUCCGCUUAACAAGGAUUCCCAGCAACCUUUCUAGUGAUACCCAAGUGCUCCUCUUACAGAGCAAUAACAUCGCAAAGACCGUGGAUGAGCUCCAGCAGCUUUUCAACUUGACUGAGCUAGACUUCUCCCAAAACAACUUUACAAAUAUUAAGGAGGUAGGGCUGGCAAACCUGACCCAGCUCACUACUCUACAUUUGGAGGAAAAUCAGAUUACAGAAAUGACUGAUUACUGUCUGCAAGACCUCAGCAACCUUCAAGAACUCUACAUCAACCAUAACCAGAUUAGCGCUAUUUCUGCAAAUGCUUUUUCAGGCUUAAAAAAUCUUUUAAGGCUUCACUUGAACUCCAAUAAAUUGAAAGUUAUUGAUAGCCGCUGGUUUGAUUCAACACCCAACCUGGAAAUUCUCAUGAUUGGGGAAAACCCUGUGAUUGGAAUUCUAGAUAUGAACUUUAAACCCCUCUCAAAUUUGAGAAGCCUGGUUUUGGCAGGAAUGUAUCUCACUGAUAUUCCUGGAAAUGCCUUGGUGGGCUUGGAUAGCCUUGAAAGCCUAUCUUUUUAUGAUAACAAACUGGUCAAGGUUCCUCAGCUUGCCCUGCAAAAGGUUCCAAAUUUAAAAUUCUUAGACCUCAACAAAAACCCCAUUCACAAAAUCCAAGAAGGGGAUUUCAGAAAUAUGCUUCGGCUGAAAGAACUGGGAAUCAACAAUAUGGGGGAACUCGUUUCUGUGGAUCGCUAUGCCCUUGAUAACUUGCCUGAACUCACAAAGUUAGAAGCCACCAAUAACCCCAAAUUAUCUUAUAUCCACCGCUUGGCUUUUCGAAGUGUUCCUGCCCUAGAAAGCUUGAUGUUGAACAACAAUGCCUUGAAUGCCGUUUACCAAAAGACGGUAGAAUCCCUUCCCAAUCUUCGUGAGAUCAGUAUCCACAGCAAUCCCCUGAGGUGUGAUUGUGUCAUCCACUGGAUUAACUCCAACAAGACCAACAUCCGCUUCAUGGAGCCUUUGUCUAUGUUCUGUGCCAUGCCCCCUGAAUAUAGAGGGCAGCAGGUAAAGGAAGUUUUAAUCCAGGAUUCAAGCGAACAGUGCCUCCCAAUGAUAUCUCAUGACACAUUUCCAAAUCAUUUAAACAUGGAUAUUGGCACAACAGUUUUCCUAGACUGUAGGGCCAUGGCUGAGCCAGAACCCGAAAUUUACUGGGUCACUCCUCUUGGAAAUAAGGUAACUGUGGAUACACUUUCAGAUAAAUAUAAGCUAAGUAGUGAAGGUACUUUAGAAAUAUCUAACAUACGAAUUGAAGACUCAGGAAGAUACACUUGUGUUGCCCAGAACGUCGAAGGGGCCGACACACGUGUGGUAACAAUUAAGGUUAAUGGAACCCUUCUGGAUGGUACCCAGGUGCUGAAAAUAUAUGUCAAGCAGACAGAAUCUCAUUCCAUUUUAGUGUCCUGGAAAGUUAAUUCCAAUGUCAUGACAUCAAACUUAAAAUGGUCAUCUGCCACCAUGAAGAUUGACAAUCCUCACAUAACAUAUACUGCCAGGGUCCCAGUAGAUGUUCAUGAGUACAACCUAACACAUCUGCAGCCUUCCACAGAUUAUGAAGUGUGUCUCACAGUGUCUAAUAUUCAUCAGCAGACUCAAAAGUCAUGUGUUAAUGUCACAACUAAAAAUGCUGCCUUUGCACUGGACAUUUCUGAUCAAGAAACAAGUACAGCCCUUGCUGCAGUAAUGGGGUCCAUGUUUGCCAUCAUUAGCCUUGCGUCCAUUGCUGUGUACAUUGCCAGAAGGUUUAAGAGAAAAAACUACCACCAUUCAUUAAAAAAGUAUAUGCAAAAAACUUCUUCAAUCCCACUAAAUGAGCUGUACCCACCACUCAUUAACCUCUGGGAAGGUGACAGUGAGAAAGAUAAAGAUGGUUCUGCAGACACCAAGCCAACCCAGGUUGACACAUCCAGAAGCUAUUACAUGUGGUAACUCAGUGGAUAUUUUGCUUCUGGUAGUAAGGAGCACAAAGACGUUUUUGCUUUAUUCUGCAAAAGUAACAAGUUGAAGACUUUUGUAUUUUUGACUUUGCUAGUUUGUGGCAGAGUGGAGAGGAUGGGUGGAUAUUUCAAAUUUUUUUAGUAUAGCGUAUCGCAAGGGUUUGACACGGCUGGCAGCAUCUCUAGGCUUCCAGUUUGUGUUUGGUUUUUAUUCUUAUCAUUAUUAUGAUUAUUAUUAUAUUAUUAUUAUUAUUUUGUUUUAGUUGUUGUGCUAAACUCAAUAAUGCUGUUCUAACUACAAUGCUCAAUAAAAUGAUUAAUGACAGGUUGGGGUUCCCCUGUGCUUUUACCCCUUCUGAAGCCAUCAGUAGAAAGUACCAUGUCCUCCAAAAAGCUAACAUACAGUGUGAAGCAGCAUUGAACCUUUUGUAGCAAUCUGGUCUACAGACUUUUAACUCAAGAAGCUAAGGCUAGACUUGUUACCUUCGUUGAAUGAUGUUAGUUGACUGUACUGUAAUGUUGUAUCAACUGAACUGAAUGUUUGCCUUUGAACAAUGACUUCUUUUUUUGUAAUAGUUAAAGAGGCUUAGAAUAAGCUAACAGGCAAUAGAAAUAUGUAUAUCAGAUUUUUUAAUGUAACAAACUACAUGUUAAUUGUUACUUAUUCUUUUUAUCUUUAGUAGACACUUUUAAAAGAAAAGACAAUUUGUUGUGUUUAACUCACCAACAUGUGGUGUAUAAUGAAGACAGAACUAUAAUAAAUUAGUUUUGUUCUGAUUUUUUUAGAACACUUGCAAUAAUGUAUCAUUUAUAGUUCUUGCUAGUUGCAGUGGUGAUAUAUUUCACAUCCCUAAAACAACCACCAAAAUAAAUCAACUAAAGCAUGAUGCUUUUUAAAACUAGGCCCUAAAAAGUUUUGAAUUCUUUUUCUAAGGGAAGAAAUAUCUAUUUUAGUGAAGAUAUUUUAAUGAAAAGUAUUUCUAUAUUUUAAAUAUUACCUAUCAGACCUAAUGGAGGGAAACAUCCUUAUGAACAAAAAGGCAUAUUACUCUACCCCAUGCAUCACUAAAUGUGGUUAAAAAAAUGGAGAUAGACGCAUUGAUAGAGAUAGGUAUGUCACAUUCCUUUUCUGUAAGGGUUUUGUUAAAAUCUGAAUUUUUUUAGUAGUAUCCACACUCUUCAUCAAAGUCUAAAACAUACAGCUAUGCAGUAUUCCAAAAUAUAUCACAUGUUACUCCUUUUUAAAUGGCUUUCUAUAUGUUCAGACUCCUAUUAGCUCAUAUAUCCGUAUGGAGAGAUCUGCCGAGACAAGUAAAUGGAAAGAGCUAGAUUUAGGUAGAAGGUCAGUUCCACAAAGUAUGUGGGGGCGGGGGGGAGGUGGGGAGAGAGUUGAAGAUAUACUUAGAGGAAAAAGGAACCAUUUAAAAUGCAGAUUAAUAAUACACAGAAAUAAAGAAAAGCUUCUCCAGAUGGCACCUGCUGCCAGAGACACGCCGUCCCACCAGGAACGAUAAGAUUGUAAAGGGACUGCGAGCUAGCAGGUGGCAGCUGAGCAAAAGCAAGAAGAAGGGAGCAGAAAGAACAUGCAGGUGAGGCAAGCUGAAAGGAUUUCUUUCUUUGUAAAAUUCCUUGUUUCAUGAAUCAUUUAGGAAAAAAGAUCAUUUUUCCCCAUUUCUAAAGGGGAAAUUUUUUUUAUCAUAUGCUGAAACAAAUGAGCUGCAGCAGAAAAAUGAGUAUUUGAGCUAGAAGCAUCUCUUCCCAGAGCCUUCAUUUCUUGAUGAGAAAAACCUAUACCUAGAGAAGAACUGUAACUUGCCGUGGUCAGACUCUCCUGCCCAUUGAGCACUCUGCACUCCCAUCUAUGGCUCUGGGUCCUACCACUUUCUAGACUCCUGUGCAGAGCUCAUCUCUCACACUUCUCAACAACCUCUAGUGCCCUUGCUUCAAAAAUGCUUUAUAUCCUCAAGUUCUCAUUUACUCAGGACAAAAUUCAGCACAAGGGCAGAACCUGAGGGUCAGAAAAGCUACAUUGUUGAUAUUACCAAGUACAUGUAGGAAACAGAAUUGAUGUUGCUUUGGAUGCAACCUUGGGGAAGUUUCCUGUUGGAUGAUUCUUGUCUUCAAAUAUCUUCAGAGAGUAGUACACCAUCUAGCAAACUCCUAAUAAUUCUGCAAACAAUGAAAGGGGAGUGACACUGAAGCAUCAUGCUUAGAGCAGGGAAGAAAGAGGUGGCAUCGUUUAUCCCAUAAAGCAACGAUAUGAACCUGGCACAUUAUCAUCCCUCAGAUACUAGUAGAAUAAAUGGAGGAAAACUACCAUUCCUCUCUAACAACCAUUCCUCUAUUCUGGAUACAUAGCAAGCAACCAGGGAAUCCAAGUGUUUUUGCCAACGACCUUUUGCCAGGCCAGUUUGGGGGAAACAAUCCCUUUUAACUUUUACUCCUCCAAUAAAAUAUUUUGAGCUUAUUUUUCCUUGUCUGUGCUAAUUGGGUUGGUUUUCAGUUGAUAGAAAACAAAAUGGCAUGGUGCUUUUUUCCCUAGCCAAGUAUUUAUUCAUUUGUGCUUAAUUCAAUUUGAUAAGUUAGACAGCCAGUGAAAUUAGGCAUCAAAGUAGUUCCUGAUUGAUAAUGGAGGUUAUGUCACCUUUACCAGUGAAGUGACAAUUACAGGUCACUUUCUAAUUUCGUAUUUUCCCUUUUGCUGCCCUCAGGACAUAUAAUGUAUCUCAACCUGAUUUUACAAGGUUAUUUUUGGAGGUAUUAAAACAGGCAUUCUCAAAUUUGCCUGUUUAAUUAAUGACAAAUUGAACUGAUGCCAUGAAUAUAAAAACAAAUGCAAUGUUUGAAUAUAAAUUUUCCUAAUUUGGCUGUGGGUUUAGUUUAGCAAAAAGGAAUCAUCUCCAUUCUUUAGCAAACAAACACUACCAAAGUCCAUUAUUUUCUCACAUGUGGUUUUCUACUCAUUCAUGCAUUCAUUCAUUCAUUUGCUGAAAACACCACAAUCAACUCUUCACUUGUUUGCUAUCUCUGCAUUCAUUUUCCAAAGCAUUUUUAUUUCUUCAUUACUGUUUUUAUUAAAUGGGGGAAGAAAAAUAUUUUGUAUCUCUAGCACUUUUCCAGGGAAACCAUACUUUCUGCUUUACUAGUCAUUGAAAAGGGGAAUCUAACUACUUCUGAUGCAUUCUAACUACAACUGAAAGUGCUUUCUUCACCUCCAUCCUUUCGCUCUUACCCUGGUUGCAGAUAGACAUUAUUAUUAUUAUUAUUAUUAUUAUUGUUAUUCAUAAGGGGUUAACUGGAGGAAAAAUAUUUCUUUAAAGAUGAGUUUGAGAAUCAUCCUCCAGACCUGUAUAAUUAUCUUGGCCUAAAAUCUCUGCAGGACUCUGGGGUGGGCAUGCUUUCUCUGCUGUCCCCUCCUGACCCCACAUGCACUGAGAUCAGCUCCUUCUCUUUGAACUCUAAGUCAGAAACUUAGGGCCUAUGGUGAAAAUAAGGAGAUGACAAUGGAACUCAUUACUACUACUGUACUUGCUGGUUCAGCAAUAAAAUGUUUAUUUUAUUUUAUUUUAUUUGUAUUGAGUAAUUCCUCAGAGACUUGAUGGCACUAAUAUAAAGAACACAGCAUUUUCCACAGCCAUGUACCAUUGGUAUGUCUCAGGGUACUAUUCCAUCCUACAGAUCCUGAGGAGAGGAUUUAACUUGAUCCCCAAAACAAUUCUGGUGAACUGAUUAUUAUUCUUUACAAUUUAGAGAUAAGGAAACUAAGAUCUAUAGGAACAGUCAUUUGCCUGACCCCAUAAAGCUCUGUAAGUGGGUGACCAUGAUAGGGCCCUUCACAUCUAGCUUCCUCUUCCUCUGUCCAGCCCCCUUUUAGAGUGGAGAGAGGAGUAUCUGUGAAAGGGCAGAGGCUAGAAAUCACAGGGCACGUGGGUAAGGCAGAGUAAGUACAUCAAGAAGAGCUAAUGAAAGAUGACAUUGAAAGUUUUCUUUAUGUCUCGAAAUGUACUUCUCUCUCCCCCUUAAGAAGCUUUAUGUGCUGGAAAUCUGUGAGUAUACAUCAAAACUGUUUACAUCAGGCUAAAUUUUAUUUUAUUUUUAUUUUUUUUAAAGAUUUUAUUUAUUUAUUUGACAGAGAGACAGCCAGUGAGAGAGGGAACACAGGCAGAGGGAGUGGGAGAGGAAGAAGCAGGCUUCCAGUGGAGGAGCCUUACAUCAGGCUAAAUUUUAAUUCUAAUCUUCCAAUCUCCCUAUACUUUCUCUUCUCUGUUACCUGCUCAGAAAGUUAAAGUUUUAAAGGUUUUGUGGAGGACAUUCCAAGCUCAUUCUUUCCUUAGCAGUAAACCAGGGAAGGCUAAUAUAACAUCACUGACAAACUCAGUGUUUAGCUCAAAAACUGAUGUGGGGAAAUGUGAAGUUCAUGUAAUUGGAUAGUUGUAAGGCUGGUAUCUGACAUAUCUGGAAACAAAAGGCUUUUGUACAAUCACCAAGUUUGUGGAGUUUGUGGUAUAUUUAUACUCAGGAAACUGUUCCCUCAAAUAAGUCCAGCUGGAAGCCAUAGGACAUUAAAAAGGUAUCUUUUUUUUUUUUUUUAAAUAAUGCAACAGCCUCCCCCAACAUACCCCAUUGUCAGUAAUAUACUACUUUUUCUGAAGCAAAACCAGUCUCAUGCUUCUCACUAAAGUAGCUCCAGGCACAACGUGGCUCAGACAUUGCCACUUUUCUCCUUUUCUCCUUGGCCUUCUUCUUCAUCCCAUAGGAUUAAAUGACAAGGUGAAUUUCAGCCUGGGCCCUGACAGGAGGUCCUGAAUUAAGCGGUAUUUUAAUGCAUCAGUCUUCUUGUUAGCAUGUCUCACUCAUAUAAACAGAAAACGGGGUAGUCAUGGGGGAAGGAAAACAAACCAUUUACCAUAGUGACUUCUGAAGGAAUAAGGAGGGAAAAACACUAUAUUGCUCUCCCCUAGGAGCUUCACAUAGAUCAUUUACAUUUACUCCUCUUGAUUGCCCCCAGGAGUUGAGUCUUAUUGUCCCUACAUUAGAGAAUGACAAAAAUGAGUACUCAGCCUCAGAGAUGCAAGCAAUUUACCUGAAAUCAGUUGGUAAGAGGCAGAAUUUUAACUUGGGGUCUCUAUAACUAAAACUUAUAGUUGUUCACUUAUAAAAUAGUCUGCAAGCUAAAUCUGGAUCAGGUGUGUGGAACACACAGCCCAAAAAUCAGUUUGGCACUUGAGACAGAAGGGGAAAAAAGGAGCAAAGGGAGGAACGCCCAGCAGUGAGGCAUCUGAGUUAAGGGGUCUAAUUUAAGGCCCAAACCUGAGAUUAAUACAUGGAAAUAACACCAAGCCAAAGAGAGGAAAAAUAAAAGACAACUUUCCAAAGUUUGUGACAGCAUCUGCAUACAAACAAAUGGAAGACUGAAGC